UCUGUACCGGCGGAGCGGUGAUGGCGGCGCUGCGCGGAGCCCCGCGGCUGCUUCUUUUUCCCGGCGAUGCUGCCGAAUCCGCAGCAGGCCGCCGCCUGUCCGUUGUGCUGCCCGCGGGGGCGGCUCCCGGCUCCGCGGAGGCUCCGCCGCCGGCCCGCAAGCGGCAGCGCCUCACCCACCUGAGCCCCGAGGAGAAGGCGCUGCGCAGGAAGCUGAAGAACCGCGUGGCGGCUCAAAGCGCCAGGGACAGGAAGAAAGCGCGGAUGACGGAGCUGGAGCAACAGGUGGUGGAGCUGGAGGAGGAGAACCAACGGUUGCUGAGGGAGAACCAACGGCUGCGGGAACAGACAGGCAGCCUCUCCUUGGAGAACCAGGAGCUCCGCUGCCGCCUGGGCUUGGACGCUUUGAAAACGGAGCCAGAGUGCGAGUCUACGCUUGUGAAGGAAUCCCAGGUGGAUGACAUCAGGUUGGUGACCGGGUCCGCUGAGUCCGCAGCACUCAGACUACGUGUUCCUCUGCAGCAGGUGCAGGCCCAGCUGUCACCAUUUCUGACAACCUCCACAUGGAUUCUGAUGGCAGUGACUCUUCAGAUUCUGAGUCUGAUCUCCUGUUCGGAUUACUGGACGUUCUGGACCCAGAAAUGUUUCUCAAAUGUGCUGAUUCAGAAUCACCCAGCCUGGAGAAGCUGGAGGAAGAGAUGUGUGGAGAAACAAAUUCCAUACCAACCUCCCCCUCUCCCUCUCUGGGGUCCCCAUCAGCUAAGCUGGAGGCCAUUAAUGAACUCAUAAGGUUUGAUCAUGUGUACACAAAACCCUUAAUGCUGGAGUUUCCUGUUAAGAUGGGCAAUGAAACCAAUAUGCUUGUGAAAAUUGA